AAUACUUCUUUAAGUUUAUAUGUUCAGUCAGAUUUUUGUGUGUUUGGGGUGAAAUGGGUGCUCUCUCUCCCAGUGCUGGGUUUAAAGUAAGGCUGUAAUCACCAUGUGCUUAAUUAGAGAGGCCUCGGUGGGAGGCAGAGACUGCGUUUGGUGAGACUUGCCCCACCAAACCCAGAAAUAACCUUUACUCCUAAAACAUGAGACUAAUGCUGUUGAAGGAAAAACUAUGAAUAGAUUCACAGAUCUGUGAUUUUGAUCCAAUAUAUUUUUGAAAUGGAGAAAAAAAAGCAUUCUAUGAAAAGGGAUCUUGUCUAACUCCUAAUAUCAUCAGUAAAACGAUAAAUCUGUGAUCACUUUUAGUUUUGCAAAGUUUCUUAGUUGUGUGAAGAAUAAAUUAGGGCGGGGGGGCUAAUGGGACUGGAAGCUGAGGACAGAGGGCUGGGCAUCAGUUUGCUGUGAGGAAUCCUUUGAGAAGAAGGAAGUUUGGGGAAAAGAAACUGCCUCCCAGUUUGGUCCUCUCCCUUUCCUCUUGUACUGCCUCCUCAUUAUUCAUCCAGCAGUCAUCUGGACAUCAUCUGGCUCCCCAAAACCAAGAACCAAGGACGUUCUGAGUCGCUGUUAAAGAUGAGUUCCCCCUUGCUUUUCCGAAUGGCCUCUGUGGCCCUGCUGUGUUUGUGCUGCCACUCCAGUCCUCUCUUCUACAACAUCUCCGUGGACGGCAGCGGCGAUGAACCCGAGCUGGGGCUCCUCUUCCCAACGUCCUUCUCCACCCGAGAGCCCGUCGAUGUGACGGUAGUCACUGAGCCUCCCAGCCUCACCAACACCAUCACCACCACCAUAAUCCGCCUCAAAGACUUCGUCCUCAGCAGAGUAGUGGACUUCCUGCAGGAGAACCUCCUCAUCAUCAUCGUUGUGACCUCUCUCCUGAUAGUCCUGGUCUUCAUCAUCUGCUGUGCGUCUGCUAUGAGCCACAAGCGCAAACUGGAGGCUUACAAACCUCUCCCCAACCCACCCAGGAAGUACACCGCCGACAAAACCGGAAGGAGCAAGUGCUCCAGCGACCUCCAGGAGAGGUCAUACGGUGUGGACCACGUCAAGAGGGUCCAGACUCCCUGCAUGGCCUCCCCAAAGCAUCUGCGGAUGCCCUCUAAAGCUCUGGUGGGAGAACGAGGGAGAGACGUAAAGUCAUCCCCCCGGCAGGAAGUCCGGAAGAUCCGAGAUGCAGAUGAGGUCGAAAAGCGGCGAGAGGAACCUAAGCAGCAGAAGGAGGUGGUGAAGGUCAGGGAGGAGGCGCCGCAGAGCGUCAGCCCCAAUUCUGGCUCCAGCCAGCCGGUCUGCACCUGCCACCUGAGAAAAGCCCACCACUAGUGGAGGAACAUCUGACAUGAGAAGGGUUUUUCUGCUCUAUAGGCCAAAUAUGUUUACUGAAUUUAUGAAAUUCUAUGAGAAAAGUUUUAAAAAAUGAUGGAACGGAUACACAUGGAGGGGAUGAUUACAUGCAUGUGAAUACAACAUACAUUCAGUUUACAUAGAUAGCAGGUUUAAGGUAAAAGAUAAAAGAAAGAUUCUCACAUCUGACAUUUAUUUAAGCAAAAAGCAUGCUCAAAACACCACACAGAGUUCCUGUAAUCUCCCACACAGUUUGUGUCUGUGUUUGCAGCAAACCCUGUUCUUCCCCACCAAACACAACACUGCUGUGCCACCAUGAUGACAGACAUCCCCCAUUAAAAACUCAGCAACAAGACCGCUCACAUUUGUUUCUAAAAGCGUAAAUAUCAGGGUGGGAGUAAUGUGCAUGCAGUCUGCAAAUUUAGUUCUACAGAAAUGUUUUUUUUUAUAAUCACGACCAUAAUCUCCUCAGUGUCUCCUGCUGUACGUUUGUCACUCAGAGCCUUUUGAAACUGUCGUUCAGAGAAACGACUUUGGUGAACUUGACUUGAUAAUUAGCAAACUCUUCAUUUUCUUCUUUACUUUCAUAAUGAAUUUUCUUUUUUUAAGUUUUCUGUCUUUGAGACCCAAUGCAGUUAUGCUGAAAAAACGUUAACCAGGUCUCGAGGUUAAUGCAACAUCAUUGGGGAAAACAGAAAAAGUAGUUCUGCAUUUUUUUUCUAGUUUAAUGAUGGCUUCUUGCGUCACUGUGGCGGCUUGUAGCUCCUACCGCUUUGUAAAGCUGCAUCAGACCCUUCUAGUCAGCAGGAUGUCUCGACUGUUGGUACACUUUAUUUUCAACCACCGUUUUGCUGCUGCGCCUGACCUUUUCAUUCGGUUAUAAACCGGUUAGAUGAAUCAGCCUGGAGCUCAGAUGCUGUAUAAAGAAACCCCUUAUAAUCACACCUCCACCUCUGUGCUUUAGAGUUUUAAGGUUUUACCAAAAACAACACCUCAUCAUAUUUUGUAAGAUCAAAUAGAAGCAUUAAAACAAGUCUCAAAUGUGUUUCAAAUUACAGUCAUGAAGGGGUUGAAGGUCUAAAGGUGUACUUAGUUUUUCACGUUUCAGUAUUAUGACUCCGUUUUCAUGUUGUGAUUUUGUCAUGUUUAUCUAAUUCUGUCGUUUUAUUCUAAAAUCUUAAAAUUAUCCACAAGUAUUUAUCUUACUUUAACAUGAAAAUGAGCUUCAAACAAAAGAAAAAUAACUUUUUUUGUAAAAUAAGACAUAGUUUUAUUUGGUAUAAGCGUAGGGAUUACACUUCUGCUCUUUCUAUCACCUUAAAAAUGAUCAAAAACCUGGCAUGUAUAAAAAACAUACAUUGCUUUUAGUUAAACGGCGUGUGUUAAAAUAUUUAUUUUAAAUUCAAACAGGUAAAAUUCAUCAAAAUUUAAGUACAGGGUCAGCUGCUUGUCUGGUUUUCAGCUGUAUGCGUUAAAUUUUGUUUUAUUUUUUUUCUUUGACUGAAUACUAGGUGUGUAGUUUUGUUCUGGGUGUUAUAUUAAAUUACUUAUUUUGCCUCCUAUCUACGAGUUUAUUUGACCGCAAAGUUUUCUUUUUUCUAUAUUUAAUAAAGUAUUGGUGGUGACGUUUCUGUCAUUUUUGAAGAAGUGGAAACGGUGUAUCGGGAAAAUUAAAUAUAGAAUAUAUUCUCUCCAAACAUACAGUUGCAGGAGAAAAUUUGUGAACCCUUUGAAAUUACUUGGUUUUAUCCAUAAACUGGACACAAUUGUGUUCAAUAAAAUAAUGAAAACAUAUUUUGGUGUGAUUUAAGUAGACCAUGUUUUUCUCCGUUGUUGUGAUUUAGAUUGAAAUUUAAAAAAGCAUCAUGUGUCCAUUUUGUAUACAAAUGUAGGUACUCUUGCAACUCUACAAACUGUAAAUCUGUAACUUGCAGCAGCAUUGUACAAAAAUGCAACAUUUUAAAGUGUAGCAUCAAAACUAAUCUGACUGCUGUGCUUUAAUUGAAAGUUGAGAAUUGUUCGAGGAAGAGGCCGCUGUGAGCUCCACUGAGGUAGAAAUGAUGGAGCACUACAUGGCUGUUUAAAUAUUUUAACAUCUGUAAACCAGAUACAUUCAGAGCCGUUUACUUUGAAUGAGAGCUGAUGCAUUGUCUGCACUAAUCUUGACACAGAUUUGCAUCAGUCAGGCUCUAAAAAAACAAAAUUUUUUAACAUAAAAAGUAGAAAUUGAAAUGCUGCCUCCUCUGAGAGUAAUUUAUAUGUCUGUUCUUUAUAGUUUUGUCUUUUUAUCCUAUUUUUCAUGUAUCACUAAUGCAUUGGAAUUUCUCCUGUAACUCACUGGCUGUGACAUUUCCAGUAAAUUGCAUUUUAAAUAAAGCGUUUU